UUCAUUGCAGGACAAUGGCCAUCCUCCUGGGAGGAACAGUUGCUGCACUUCUUGUUCUCCUUUUCACCAGAGUGAAGACGUGCCAUCCCACGUGCCGGUGUGAGGAGCAAAGUUUCGGACUGUUCAACAGCUUCAGCCUGACCAAAGUGGACUGCAGUGGACUGGGACCAAACACAAUUCCGGUUUCAAUCCCUUUAGAAACUUCUUCGCUGGAUCUUUCCUCCAAUGGCAUCCAUUCUAUCGAGGGCGCUGUCCUCUCUGGACCGGGAUACACCACCUUGUCUAGUCUCAACUUGAGCAACAACCUUAUCUCUGUCAUGAAUGGAAGUGUUUUCUCCAAACUGCACUAUCUGGAGACGCUAGAUCUGAGCUGGAACUCCAUCCAGAAACUUGUUGAAGGUUUUUCAGGCCUUCCCCUUGCUGAAGUAGAUCUGAGCCACAACUCGAUUCAUGAAAUCAACCUGAAUAUGUUUCAAGUUCAGGACCAUGGAAGGCCUCUCAGUGUGGAUCUCUCUUAUAACUUGUUAAUGACAGUUAUCAGGAGUAAACUUUCACAACCUCUCAACAUACAGAGCCUUAAUUUAGCAGGAAAUGAGCUCACUUCUGUGCCAAGCCUGCAGGACAUCUCUUUACGGUUCCUCACCCUGGAUGAAAACCCCAUAUCGGUCAUUGAUGAACAGAGUUUUGCUGGAUUGAAAUAUCUCAUCCACCUUUCUCUAAGCUCAAUGCCUGAGUUACACACCAUCAAACCUCAAAGUUUACAAGAUCUCCAAAACCUCCAAGUGCUUGAUCUUUCAAAUAACAAUAAACUUAAGACAUUGAGUGCAGAGGCUUUUCGUGGCCUUACAUCACUGCAGGAGCUCAAUUUGUCGAAAUGCUGGGUCACGUCUUUGCCAGCCAACAUCCUCCAGCUCCUCCCGAGCAUUAAGAGCAUUGCUUUGGGGGAGGGAAUAAACUGUUGGAGGAUCCAGAAGCAGGAACAAUUUCACAGACACAUCACGCGGAGUAAAGCUAAUGCAGCUCUGAUCUGCGAUGUGGCUGGUGUCAUUUUGUGAGAUGCAAAAGAACAAAUAAGACUUUUCGAUAAAAGAAAUAGUUUGUACCUUAGCUAUAUUGUGAAUGAGUUACUAGAUUCAGCGUACUCUUUAAAAUAUUCCUAUACUCCUGUGUUUGACUAAAGCUCAUAACUAAGGACCGGGAUCCUACAGGACCCACCAAAAAGUCACAGUAGCAGACGUUUGCUUCUUUUUCCUGAAGAUUGCUGGACAAAGAAAGGCCAUGUUCAUUAACAUGAGAGCAUAUAUGGUGCUCAUGCGACACAUUUACUGCUUUCAUUUAUUCAUCUUCAGUAACUGCUUUAUCCUGGUCAGAGUCAUGGUGGUUUAAAUGAGAAAGUGAACAAUUUGAAUGUAAUUGAGAGAGGCUGCUAUAUAGCUGUUUAUAGCUGCUAUAACGUAAGUGAUAACAUAGGAACUGGUUUCACUGAUGUUCCAUAUCGCUAAAUGUAACUCUUAACAAAGAAAAUUAUGUGUUGUGCAUGAACAAAUUACAAAUUGUAAUCACUGGCAAACUGCUGUAUGUGGUGUUAUAGGAAAAUAAUCAACGUUAGGGUCCUAACAUUAAUGAUGCAUCAUGUCAGUGCUUUAACCUUCUACAGCAACAUGUAAUAUUCAUGAGUCUUGUUGAUGGAUUUAUUGUCAUAUUACCUUAUACAUAAAAGAUUUGGCUCUUUUUUUUAACAAGUCAGACAAAGGCUCUUCUGUACGCAGAAACAAGGUCUUUUUUAUUGUUGGCUGUGUGUGUGUUUUUCAUGUAAGGCCCAUUAUUACUGCCUGGGUAGAGGAAUUAUCACAUGAAUCAACCUGCAUAUUUAACCCAAGGCCUUUAGAAAAGCGGCAUCCACCUAAUUCAAGAACAGCUCAUACUGCUUUCUAGUAUGUGUGUAUCAUUUUAAUUACAUUACACAGGUAUAUUUUGUUUCAUUUUGUAUUUUCAGAUGUCAGUAGCCUACCAGAGAAAGGAUUAUAAUACCCUUGAAAUAAAGUGCAAUACACUUAA